AUGGCAGCCCCUGUAAAUAUAGAUAUGCCUAAAUUGAUAUUGGACAAUGGUGGAGGAUUAAUAAAAGGAGGAAUACUUCCAAGUUAUUCUCAAUUAAAUGGAUUAUCAGUUGAUAUAGAGCCAAAAUUUAUUGUACCUAAUUGUGUAGGACAAAUAAGAAAAAAAAAUAUUUUUCAUAUAAGUGAUAGCUGUUAUAAUAUUUGCGAAUAUUUUUGUCAUCGACCUCAUGUAGAUGGUUUAUUAUUAGAUUUAGAAAUGCAAACAAAAAUAUGGGAAAAAAUAUUUUCAUGUAAACAAAUUAUUGGAUAUAAAAUAAAUGAUAUGGCUAUUUGUGUUACCGAGUCCUAUUUAACUCCUGCAUAUAUAAGACAAGGAGUGAUCGAAUUAUUAUUUGAAUAUUUUAAUUUUGAGCAAGUAGUUAUUGUUUCAUCACAAACAAUGUUACCAUUUUCUUAUAUAGGUUUAAAUUUAGGACAAUAUGAUAUUUUAAAUCCUCCGAUUUUUAAAAAAGAUAAUUAUUCUUUAAAAAAACAAUAUGUAAUGAAAAAAAGAAGAUCUGAAAAAAAUAUUACCAAUUUUUAUAAUAAUAAAAAUGAUAGCCCAAAAAGAAAUUUUAAUGCAUCCCGAAGUAGUUUAAAGAAUGAAGAGGAUGAUUAUGAUGGGAAAGAAGACAACACAAACUUGUUUAAUAUAAAACAAGAGAAAUAUAUGAGCGAAGAAAAAAUCGAAGAUAAUAUCGGAGAACAGAAUAAUGUAGAAACACAAGAAAUGCAAGCAGAACAAAGCCAAUAUAUUGAUGAUAGCUUAUUAGUUAACAGACAUAUUUUUAUAAAGAACAUAGAAUGCUAUAAUAAAUAUGCAUAUGAAUUAUAUAUGAAUAAAUUAUAUCAUGGUGAAAAUUGGCAAGAAUAUUAUUUUAAUUCUUUUUUUAGUAAAAACGUUGUACAAGAAUAUACAUGUGACAAUUUUACUAACACUGAGUCGUGUGCAAACAGUGGAAUAUACGGGUAUAACGAUAGUUCAAGUAAUCGAGCAAAUAAUUAUCGAUCACCAUUUAAUAAAAAUAAUGUUGUAAAUAAACUAAGUCAUAAUAAUUAUAUAGGUAAUAAUUUUUUAUAUCAAGAUCCAAGCUUUUUGCUACCCGAUAAAAUAGAUCUAUAUAAAAAUUAUUACGAUAAAAAUUUUAAAGAUAUAAAUAUGUUUAAAGAAUAUUAUAAUUCUACAUAUAUAAAUGAUUUUUAUAGUAACUUAAUAAAUGGUAAUUAUAAUUUAUCAUUGAGAAAUCCUUGUGCAUUAUAUAUAGAUGUUGGAUUUUCUCAUACAUAUAUAUUACCAUAUAUUGAAUAUAGAUUAAUUGAAUAUGCAAUUUUAAGAACAAAAGUAUCAGCUUCUGUUUUAAAUACCUAUUUAAAAAAUACACUCUCAUAUAAACAUGUUAACUUAGAACAUAAUGAAUUACUUGUUGAAAAUAUUAAGGAAAGAGCUUGUUAUGUUUCUCUAGAUUAUGAAAAAGAUCUAGAAAAUGAAAAAAAACGAUUAGAAAAAAUUAAAAAACAAAAAAUUCAAGACAAACUUGAUAUGAGAAGUGAAAUAUUGAUGAAAGAAUUAGAAGAAGAAAAAAAAAAAAAAAACGAUAAAAAUAGUUUUUUUAACCAAGUCAAAAAAGAAUACGAACAUGAUGAGGCACAAUAUGAACAUAAUGAUUAUCUAGAAAAUAAAACAAGACAUACCAAUGAUUUAAUAGAUACAGAAAAACAUUACAAAAGGGUUGACUCAAUAACUGAUAAUGAAUCAACCAAAAUGGAUAAAAUAAUCAAUAACAAUAACAAUACUAAUUAUAAUGAACAUAAAAAAAAGAAUGCUUUAAAUAAUGCCAAUUCAAACAGAUUAGAUAAAAGCAGAAUACCUGAUAACUUAGAAGAAGGGGAACAAAGAAAAAGAACUAGUAACAAUAACAAAAGAAAAAAAAAUAAAAAUAUAGAACCACAUUUAUUAUAUAAAUAUAAAUUACCAGACUAUAAUAAUGCAACAAAACGUGAAAUAAAUGAAGUCUUUGAUACAUUGAAAAAUAAUAGUUCAAAUGAUUGUAUUUACUUAGAAUCCGAUUAUGAUUAUAAACAAGAAUUUUCUAAUUAUAAAGAAGAAGAUACAUUUAUAAAUGAUCUAAAUGUCAAAACUCAAAACCCACAAAAAAAUGAUGAUAUAAUUAAUUUAACUAAUGAAAGAAUAGGAAUUCCAGAAAUUUUAUUUAACCCUCAAGAUAUUAAUUUAAAUCAUUGUAGUAUUGUUGAAUUAAUAUAUAGAUGUAUAUCAUUAUUGCCAAAAGAAAUACAAAAAUAUUUUCUUUCACAAAUAUAUAUAUCAGGUGGAUCAACCAAAUUUAAAAAUUUUAAACAUAGAUUAUAUAAAGAAUUAAGAGCUAUAUUUCCUACUGAAUGGGAAAUAAAUAUUUAUUCUCAUAAAAAUAGUCUAUAUAGUAAUUAUAUAGGUACAUAUGUUUGGUUAAGUGAUCAAAAUAUUUAUAACUACAACUUAAUUACAAGACAACAAUAUUUUAAUAAUGGUAAUAAAACAUAA